AUGCUCAGAAUAAGUGUAACGAAAUACCUUCAAACUAGACCAAUCUCAGCUACUUUACCAAUAUUCAAGAUGAGCACACCAGGCUGGAAUCCUAAUUUGACAGCAGAACAGCUGUUGGUGCUACGUGACAAACACACCGAGAGACCACACACGGGAGCGUAUUUGGACAACAAAGAAACGGGGAUCUACCAUUGUGCCAAUUGCGACUCACCACUGUACAAGAGCGACACCAAGUUCAACUCACAGUGUGGAUGGCCGUCGUUUUACGAGGAAGUUAGCAAGGGGGCCAUUACGUACCAUCGCGAUAGCACCAUGGGGAUGGCGCGGACAGAAAUCUGCUGUUCGAACUGUGGUGGCCAUCUGGGCCACGUUUUCGAGGGUGAGGGCUGGCGUGAAAGGCUGGGCCUUCCUCAGGACGUCAGACACUGCGUUAACAGUUUGUCGUUGAGUUUCAAGAAAAAGGAUAACCAGUGA